CGCAUGCGCUGUUAACUCUUUCUAGUCUUUUAGUUGUAAGGAAUCUACGAGUCAUCAUCUUCAUCACAUUCUGGUGCCUGCCCUCCUGCAUCCACAUGACUCGCGUCUUCGUCUACGGCACCCUGAAGAAGGGGCAGCCCAACUACCACCGUAUGUUGGAGAGCGCCAAUGGGAAGGCGGAGUUCCUCGCCUCGGCCUGCACCACCGAGAAAUACCCGCUGGUGAUCGCCAGCCACUACAACAUCCCCUUCCUCCUCAACAUCCCCGGCCAGGGCCACCGAGUCCAUGGAGAGAUCUAUAGAGUGAACGACAAGAUGCUCGAAUUCCUGGAUGACUUCGAGGAGGUUCCCACCCUGUACCAGCGGGCUCGGGUCAGACUGGAGGUGAAGGAGUGGGUGGGCGAGACCGAGGGGGAGGAGAGGCCUGCGGCAGGCAGCUUCACCGAGGCGUUUCUGUACAGCACGACUACCUACCAGCCAGACUGGCCCACGCUGCCCUGCUACGAGAGCUACGACUCGUGUAGGGAUCAUGGGCUGCAGUACGUGGCCAGACAAGAACGGGACUGAGACGAGAGGACCCAGAGAAGAACAUGUUACAUUCACACUCACAUAUGUUGACUGAUAGAUCAGCACUUUUAUUAAUAGUAAUAAUAAAAGUUAGUCCUACGUCAAUAUGCAACUUUUUAAUUGAUUUGUCUCAUUGUAAAUUGUUUAAAAAGUUUAAACUCAUGUUUGUUUUACCCUCCAGUUGCACUAAUUUGCAACGCUCAGCGGGCUAAAAUGCACUUUGAUAAUAAAAUUCAUGCCACACCUGAAACAGGUCUGUGUUAACCGUUCUUUUUAACAACUCUUACCGUAUCAUCUAGCAUUCAUUUGGUGUUCAUCACUGUUUCCGUG